GCAGUGCGCCUGUGCGGCAGCAUUAGCAACUACGGUACUCGAGCACGGCGGCAGCAGGCGCCAGGGGAGAAAAGUAAGCCGCAGCUAGCGCGCCGGAGGAGGAAGAUGGCGGAGCCGGGGCCAGCGCGGACGUCCCCCCCAUACCCACGGGCAUCAGAUAGUGAGCCUACAGGACAAGGACCUCUCUUGCUCUUCUCUUUGUAAAGCACCUCACACAUGUAUGCUGUGGAUGGAUUUCUGAAAACUGAUGAAAGGCAAAGACUAGCCAGGGAAAGAAGAGAAGAAAGGGAAAAAUAUCUUGUUGCCAGAGAGCAGCAAAUCUUAGAAAAAGAAAGGAGAGCAAAACUUCAGUAUGAAAAGCAAAUAGAAGAACGAUGGAGGAAGUUGGAAGAACAGAGGCAGAGGGAGGAACAAAAGAGGGCAGCUGUUGAAGAAAAGAGAAGACAGAAGCUCAGAGAAGAAGAGGAGCGAUUAGAGGCUAUGAUGCGGCGGUCCCUGGAGCGAAGUCAGCAGCUAGAGCAGAAACAGAAGAGAUGGUCAUGGGGAGGAGCACUGGCUGCAGGCUCAGGCGAAAGAAAUGGUGAAUCAGAAAAUACCCCACCCCCUCUAGGUUUAACUGCCAACACCCUUCUUCCAGACCCUGUGGCCUCUGCUGCUGCUGCUGAUCCCUCCAAUGCAUGUGACAAACUUUCAGCUUCUACAAUGAAUCUGCCAAAGCAAAUGGAGUCGCCUAUCAAUAAGCGUCUCUCCUCCUCCACAGCAACAAUAACAUAUUCCCCUGACAGAGCUCAUCGCAUGCACCUUAGUCCAAUGGAAAACUUUAUUAUUUCUCGGCUACUGACUCCCACACAAGCUUCUUUAGCCAGAAGUAGAAGUACCUUAAUACUUUCUGAGCAAUACAAUGAUUCAGUAUUCCAUAUCUGUCCUCGUGUAGCACCAGCUAGCCCUCUUAAAUCUCCUUACAAGCCUUCCCCCACCCGAAGUGCAGACAGAAAGAAGGCAGCUUCUCCUUCCACCUCUGAUGCAAUGAAAGGGGCAACUGCAGCUGAAGUCUCACAGCAUGAGAAGAAAAAGAAAGAGAAGCGACCCACAACAGCUGGCACAUCAUCUGGUUUAGGAUCUCCUCUUAGGAGGUCUGAUUCUCCAGCAGCUAUGUCUAAAAGAUCAGCAUCACCUGCAACCCCCAAAACAAUCACAAAGACUUACCCUCAGUCUCCCAAAACAACGAAACAAUAUCCAGUUUCUCCUGUGAAACACCACAGUGCUUCAAAUCUCAAUCAAGAAACACCUAAAAAAAGGGCGGAAAAACAUAAAGACAAUCAGAGAGAAAACAUGAGUCAGAAAACUCAAGCAUCUCCUGUUAAAGAAGCUGUAAGCCAACCUGUUACUGAAAAAGCUGUGCCUUCUGCAGGAAAGGCUGAAAGCAAUGAAGGGAAACUUGCAGCAGGGACAACAGAUGCUGAGGAAGCAACAAGAAUUCUUGCAGAGAAGAGACGUCAGGCUCGUCUCCAGAAAGAGCAAGAGGAAAAAGAAAGGCAGGAGAGAGAGGAACGUGAAAGGCUAGAGAGAGAAGAGCAGAAAAGGAAGGCAGAAGAAGAGAGGAUUCGACUGGAGGAAGAGGCCCAUAAGAGAGAGGAGAAAAAAAGGCACGAGGAGGAAGAGGCUAGGAGAAGAGCAGAAGAGGAAGCUAAAAGAAGAGCUGAAGAUGACCGCAUACUAAGGGAAAAGCAAGAAAAGGAAUUGCAAGCUAUGAUUGAGACACAGAAAGAAGCAGCAGAAGCAAAGGCUCGGGAAGCAGCAGAACAUCUGCGUUUGGAAAGGGAACAAAUCAUGCAGCAAAUAGAGCAAGAAAGACAAGAGCGAAAGAAGAGAAUUGAUGAAAUAAUGAAAAGGACAAGAAAAAGUGAAACACCAGAUGUGAAGAAGGAAGACUCCAAACCAGAGGUGUUAUCAGCCCUAAAUGUUGACAAACAGCCAAAGCCACUUGCCACUGAUAAGUCACUGAUAAGUCAAGCAGAAAUGAAUGGACUGGCAAACUGUAAAGAAGAUAACAGUCUAGGAUGUGCUGUGCCUGAUUCUUUUCCUCGUGAUGUAUUUUCUAAUGGACUUAAGCCACUCAUGGGCCUUAUUCAACUGAAUACAAUGGCUGGGAAAUCCAAUAGUAUGGAUGAUUCAACAGAUGAAGUUCAGUCUAUGGAUGUGAGUCCUGCUUCAAAAGAAGAACUUAUAUCUAUCCCUGAGUUUUCACCACUGAAUGAAAUGAUGCCUGGUGUUUCUUUGGACCAAAAUGGAUCAAAUAAUGGAAAGGCUCUUCAAGAUCUUCUAGAUUUUACUGGCCAGGCCACUUAUCCAAAGCUGUCAAGUGAAAGCAUUAGCAUAGAUGAUUGUAAUAAAAACUUGAUUGAUGGAUUUAAUAGUCCAGGACAGGAUACAACACUCAAUACCUUGUGUUGAUGAACAUGCUACUACUCUGCGAUAAGGGGAAAUGAUUUGGAGGAUAUAAACACUCCCAAUGCUGCUGUCAGUAAAAUAAGAGCUUGUCAUUUGAAGAAGCUGCUGCAGUCCUCAACACUGGAUAUCCUGUUACUCAGCACUGAAUUUACUGUCUUCCCGUGUGCAUUGUUGAACUACUAGUCAUUUUGUUAAAGAGUGGAAUCUUCAGUUCAGACUGGUUUCAGGGAGCAUUUGCGGGAAUUUUUUUGUUUAGAAUUUGAGCUUCAAGUGCUGAGAAAUGUUGGAUAUUAAAUUUAUGUCUUGCUGGGCUCCUGAGUGAGCGUAUUCAUUGUAAUUGUAAUUGUAAUUUUAUUUACGGUCAUUAGACCAAACAGGGCCUAUUCAUUUAUUUUAAAACAUCAUUUUAAUUUUAUCAUGAAGUGAUCAGGAUUUUUUUGGUAAAUGCACAUUAAAACAAAAUAGUGUGUUCUGUGUUUGCCAUGUGCCUGUCUUUUUGGUUUGUUGUUUUUUAGAAAAAGAUGGAUUUUUUAAUGCCAUUAUUGCAGGUGUUUAAUUGCAAACCUAUAACUGGGAAGGCUUGAAAACAUAUAUGCAACUGCUGGAAUCCAAGGGACUUUCUUGCAGAUAAUGGAGCAUUAAAGUUAUCCCUCAUUAAAAUACAGCAUAUAAAUUUGUUUUUAUUUUAUUAUUUUGAACUGUCAGCAGUUCAGCUGGCAGUGAACUCAACUUAGCACUAGUGUUGUGCUAAAAUAAAAUAGUAAGAUCUCAUUACAUCCAUCUUUAUAAAGCAUAUUUAAUUUUAACUGUAUAUGCAAAAAGACCAGUACUUUUACUCACAUGUAGUAUGUUACUGUAUAAGUGACUGUAUCAUGGGGACCAGGCUGAUGAUAUGCUAAUAUUAAAAAUUCAGCAUCUGUUAUUAAUGCCAGGUGGUUUUUCAUUCAUGAGAUUCGCUAAUAUCCUACAACUCAACAACAUAUAAUCAACAGCAAACAAUAUAUAGACUUGGGCAACAAGAUUCUAUAUAACAUAACUAUGAGUACUGAAAGUGGUACUUGCACAUCUCUUCGUAGUCUAUUAGCCUCUCUCACUCUACAGACAUGUAUGAAGAAAGUUCUUAUUAAGUAUGUAUAGAUAUUCUGUAUGCUAUACGAAGGGCAUGAUGCAGCCCACCUAAGCAUUUAAAAUCCCAUUAAUUGUAAUACAAAACAUAAGCACUUGCAUAGAUUUCUCCUAUAGAAAUCAAUGGAACUUGGGCUGGAUCAAUCACAACAAAAUACAACUUUUGGUGAACUCUAACUUUUACGUUGUAUUCUGUGCUGUCUAGAGGAUAAUUCUGUCCCAUUCUUUAACACACAAACAAAAAAACUCCAAAAAGAAUUAUGUUGAAGCUAAGAAAAUGGAAAAGUUUUCUAUGUAGAGGUGUGUUAAAAUGUAACGUAGCUCUGUUCUUGUGAUUCUAAAACUGGCAAAUGUUAAAGAGUAGUUAAUGGAACUAUGUGAUAAUAUACAAAAAUGCUUACAAUAUUUAUGUUGAUGUAUUUCAGCAAAAAUACUUUAUUUGUAACUGUGCAGUAUGUUGUAGCAUGGUACAGUGUCUUCCAAAAUUAAUUCUGCAAUUUUCCUCCUAAACAAUAAAAAACAAACUGAACAUA